UGCAUUCUAAUCUGAAGUCGAAACAUUAUGUUUGAGUUAAGAUGUGUCCGUUAGGUUGUUAGAAACAUUCAUGCUUGGUUUACGUGGACUAGUUAGAUAACUAGCUACGGCAUUAUUACAGCAACAGGGUAGCAGACAGGCACGAACAGAUAGCUAAAGCCGUGUUCCAGUUUGCUGUGGUUUUAACAAGUCACUAGAGUCACUACAUUAACGGACACCGACCAGAGACCGUCACGCUGUUCGACACCGUCCCUGGAAACUGAAAGAACCACGGGCAUGGAGCAACCCACGAGCAUACCGGACGGCGGUUGUAACGAGGCCGCCUGUCCUGAGAUCGAUGGGGUUGAGAACAGGACUGCAGAUGGUGCAGAAGUAGAAGUGACGUCAGUAAAGUCAGAAGACGAUGACAUGGAGGUGACGGUGACCUCUCACCCUGAGAACCUCCAUGUUACAAACGGACUAUCACACACACACACCGCAGAAACUGAGGCAGACACACACACACUCCCGCCGGAUGACACACACACUCAGGUGAUGUUGGUGGAAAAGGAUGAUGUGUGUGUUAAGAAAGAGGGGGGCUACAUCUCCGAGGACUCAUCAUCGGACAGUGACUCCUCCUCUUCCUGCGUGACUCUGGCCGCUGUGCUGGGUGAGGAUGACGAUGAUGACGAAGGCUUCAGCCAGGAGAGGAAGCCCGUCCCUAUCAGAACUAUCGAUGAGGUCCUGCCUGAGGACCUGCCAGCAGUAGAGGAGAUAUGCAUUAUCCUCCCUGAGGGGUCGGAGCUACAGCCAAUGGGAACCGUGUCCAGCAUCAUCCAGCAGCUAGUCAUCAUCCAAUCUCUGAAGGACACCCCGCCCCUGAGGGAGGACAGCGUCUUAUUCAACUCUGAUAGGCAGGCUAUGGGCAAGGUGUUUGAGGUGUUCGGCCCGGUGCUCAGCCCGUUCUAUGUGUUGAGGUUUAACUCCGAGGAACAGAUCACCCAGAAGCAGCUCCAGCUGCAGCAGACUCUGUACUGCUGCCCCGCCCAUCAGGACUACACAGAGUACAUCUUCAUAGAGCAGCUCCGCCAGAUGAAAGGUUCUGAUGCCUCCUGGAAGAAUGACCAGGAGCCGCCUCCUGAGGAGCUGGACUUCAGUGAUGAUGAGACCGAGCACAUGGCCAAGAAGAAGAAGAAGAAGAAGAAUCAGAAGAAGAGAGACUUCCCUCCAGCGGACGCCACGCCCCCCCCUCCUCCAGGUGGUGACCUCUAUGGCCGACCACCAAUAUCCCAGAGGCCUUUGCAGCAGCGAGACCACAGGGGUUUCGCACCACGGCGUGAAGGGACUCCGUUCUACCGCCACCAGGGCCCCCCCAUGAACACACACCCUCACGCACACCCUCACGCACACCACGGACACACACCUCCACACACCUACCACCCCCAAUACCUGCCCCCUCCCUGCCCCUACCCUCCCCCCUUCCAACCCCAGGGCUUCCCCAACUAUGCCCCUCCCCCUCCCUGGCCUCCCUACCACACCCUCCCCUUUUCCCACCUCCCCCCUCCUCCCCCACCUCCUCCACCUGGGCAGUGAGCCUCAGGCUACUCAAACACACAUACACACACACACACACACACACGUGCAUACGCACACACACGGCCAAGAAAUGUAUCAUAGGUUCCUAUUGUUGUAUUCAGUUUUAGUUUCUGUGUAGAUAUUCUCCACCUUUUGACUCCACAACUAGUAUCAUGCUUUGAUAAAAUGUGUAUUUUAUGGUUUGGUCUAUGUGUAUUAUGGUUUUUUGAUUGAUUGGAUUUUUUUUUUCUACGUCCUCUGCAGAGGGCUGUAAUUAAGGACUGUAAAAUAAGACUUAUCUGAAUAAUAAAAUCAACAUGUAUUUUGGGGAAAUGAAA